CUUGUGGAUAAUUCUUUUAUUUUCAAGAAAACAAUUUAAAAAAAGAAAAAGAAAUAAAAUAAACAAAAAAUCAAUCUAUCUAUCUAUAUAUACUACUUAUAUAAGUAAUGUGUGAUACAUCAACUGGAUGUUAUACAGGAUUAUAUAAAUAUCUUAAUUAUUCAACACAAUUAAAUAGUACAAUACGUGAAGAAUUAUUACGUAUUUAUUGGGAAGAAAUAAAUGAAUUAAAAAAUCAAUCAGAAAUACCAAUUUUAUUAUUAAUUAUAAUUGUAAUUAUAUUUUUAAUUAUGAUAUUAUUUGGUAUAUUUGGUAGUAGUUUAGUUAUAUUUAUUAUAUUACAUAAUCGUUCAAUGCGUACACGUGGUAAUUUAUUUAUAUUAAAUUUAGCUAUAUCUGAUUUAACAUUAUGUUUAAUUACACAACCAUUUAAUUUAUUACGUUUACUAACUAAUAAUUAUAAUUGGAUAUUAGGACAAUUUAUGUGUAAAUUUUCUGCUAUGUUUCAAGGUACUAAUAUAUUUGUAUCAACAUUUAGUAUAACAGCUAUUGCAAUUGAUAGAUUUCAAGUACACAAAGACGGAUAUUUUUAUUUUGAUUAAGAUCAUGAACCAAUUGAUGCCAAAACACAUUUGAAAAAAGUGGAAGCACUGGAUUACCAUUUCAUCUUAUUGUAGGACUCCUCAACAGUGCACAACCUCGAUUUCACUUACGGGAUUCGGAUCCAGAACCUUCGGUCUCACGUGUGAAGGUUUGACAUCUAGAACACUGAGCUGGCCGUCAUUUAACGGUGGUAAUUUCUAACGUCAACCAAUCCAUAGAAUUGCGCGACCAUCUUCGGUUCUACGCGACACGAAUUUGAUGUGUAAUUUAACGAAAUCAAUGGCGAUCCAUAGCUUUGGGAUAUAUUUUUAUUUCGACAGUGUAAUAUGAA